AAGUAUGUUUUCAUGCUUGAUUGGUGAGUUGGGGUUCUAAGGUAUAUUUCAAAAUGGGCCUUUGAAUUGCAUGACUCCGGGCCGUGUGGAGAGUUGACAAUCCUCCAUAUCGUGGUUAAGGAAAUGAAUCGACUCGGCCUUUGAUUCCCCAUGCCUACUUCAUCAUCCACUUCGGCUAACCGAGAUCCUGACGAAGGUAUUCCUUUGGAAAAAGUUGAGGUUGGGGAGAAGGUCAUCAUCCCGAUUGAGGGAUAUCCUUCUCUUGAGGAAGACUGGGGGCAUUGCUUAGUGGGCUGCUUCACGGGCCGGUUCCCGGGCAUCAAAGCCAUAGAGGAUCUCAUUACCUCAUGGGGCGUACAAUAUUGUAGGGUUCUCCGGGCCCUUCGUCUCAGAAAAAACGGGGAUUUUGUUGGCAAAACGUCCAAGCGCACGAUGGGGAAAGGUAAGCACGUUGUUGAGGGUGAUAAUCCCACUACCUCUAGUGGUCAAACCUCCAACAAAACAAGGAGAAACCAGGCUGGAAACACUGCUGUGGCAGGCACAGAGGCCACUGCCAGCGUUGCUGCCAGGCCCAAAACAGCAUCCCAGUCCCUGCCUCCCAAACCUGCUGCCGUGCCUAGUGUGCUGAAUGAGAGUGGCGCUGAGGGGAACUGCCCAGGACCUACUGCCAAGCCCGUGGCAGAGGGUAAUAUCCUGGUCCCUGAAGCAAACCGGAAGAAGAAGAAAAACGGUGAAACACCAAGCAAAGCUGCGAAUGUUGAGCUACCUUGUGCCGAACCCCGAACAUCUUUGAAAGCUGUGGAUAGGUUGAAUAAAGACCAAACCACCAGCAAGAAGGGGGAUCAACGCAGGGGGAAGGCCAAACAACCAGCUGGCCUUGAGGACAUCAACCACGGUCUUGACUCCGGUCCCUCCUCCACGACGCCAAAGGAUAUUGCCGCUGCCAUUCCAGUGGCUAAAACUGCUGCACCUACGGCUGGACAGGGGGACACACCAGUGCUGUCAAACGCUGGUAAGGAAGGCAAUGCAACGCCCAAAGAUGUACCCAAGGCAUGGAAACUGCCGUUCAAGGCAUUGAAGCCCCCCAAAUCUGAUAGCCCUGAUUUCAUGCGGCUUUGGAGGGAAAAAAAGGAGAUUCUUGAUGGUGAAAACAAAAAGAUUGCGGACAACCAUAAUGUGCAUAAUGAACUAGCCGCUUUCAACACAAAACACUAUGGGAGACCGGAAGGGUGAACCAUCUACGUUUCCUAUUGUAUUGUGCUAGUUAAUGCUUAUUCCUUGAGCUUGACACGAGUUGUCUUUGAUUUUAUAGGG